AACUAACUGAUGAGGGAUCAUUUCAAGGCCCAGCCUGUUUUCUAUGUUUGCUCUAAGUUUGCAGCCAUAACCAUCCCUUAAAGCUGCUGUAUACUCAGAGGCACUGCCCUCUCAUUGAAUGGCUCUUUGCGGAACAACAGCUACAAAUGCAACAAAAAUGAUGGCUGCUUACAACGGCGGCUCCUCAGCGGUGGCUGCCCAUCACCCGCACCACCACCACCAGCUCCAGCACCUGCCGCCCCCCCACAUCCAUCACCACCACCACGCGGCGGGUCAGCAUCACCUGCAGCAUCCGGGCAACGCCGCCGCCGCCGUGCACGCGGUGCAGCAGCACACUUCCACGGCGGCGGCCGCGGCGGUCAUGCUCAACCCGGGCCAGCAGCAGCCCUACUUCCCCUCUCCAGCCCCCGGACAGGCCCCCGGGCCCGCGGCGGCUGCGGCUCCCGCCCAGGUCCAAGCCGCCGCCGCCGCCGCAGUCAAAGCCCACCACCACCACCACCACCACCAGCAGCAGCAGCAGCAGCAUCAGCACCACCUCCAGCCGCAGCUGGACAUAGAGCCGGACCGGCCCAUCGGAUACGGAGCCUUCGGGGUUGUGUGGUCUGUAACUGACCCCAGAGAUGGAAAGCGAGUUGCCCUCAAAAAGAUGCCCAAUGUCUUCCAAAACCUCGUUUCUUGCAAGAGGGUGUUUCGUGAGCUGAAGAUGUUGUGUUUCUUCAAACACGAAAAUGUCCUCUCUGCUCUGGACAUACUACAACCUCCACACAUCGACUACUUUGAAGAGAUCUAUGUGGUGACAGAACUGAUGCAAAGUGACCUCCAUAAGAUCAUCGUAUCACCGCAGCCUCUGAGCUCAGACCACGCCAAAGUUUUUCUUUAUCAGAUACUGCGAGGUUUGACUCAAUACCUUCAUUCUGCUGGCAUUCUACACGAGACAUCAAACCUGGCAACCUCCUGUGUCAACAGCAACUGUGUGCUCAAGAUCUGUGAUUUCGGCCUGGCCAGGGUGGAGGAGGACGAAUCACGGCACAUGACUCAGGAAGUGGUGACGCAGUACUACCGCGCUCCUGAGAUCCUCAUGGGGAGCCGCCACUACUCCAACUCCAUCGACAUCUGGUCUGUGGGCUGCAUCUUCGCUGAGCUGCUGGGCCGACGCAUCCUCUUCCAAGCUCAAAGUCCCAUUCAGCAGCUGGAUUUAAUCACUGACCUGCUGGGGACUCCUUCGAUGGAGGCGAUGAGGACGGCUUGUGAAGGCGCUCGUGCACACAUUCUCAGAGGACCUCACAAACAGCCAUCCCUUCCUGUUCUCUACACACUAUCCAGCCAAGCCACCCAUGAAGCGGUCCACCUCCUCUGCAGGAUGCUGGUGUUUGAUCCGUCGAAGCGGAUUUCAGCCAAGGACGCCUUGGCUCACCCGUACCUGGACGAGGGUCGACUGCGCUACCACACCUGCAUGUGCAAAUGCUGCUACACCACAUCCUCAGGCCGAGUUUACACCAGUGACUUUGAACCCGUCACUAAUCCCAAGUUUGACGACGGCUUCGAGAAGAACCUGAGCUCCGUGAGACAGGUCAAAGAGAUCAUCCAUCAGUUCAUUUUGGAGCAGCAAAAGGGGAGUCGAGUGCCGCUCUGCAUUAACCCUCUCGCUGCUUUCAAAAGCUUUAUCAGUUCCACAGUAGCUCAGCCCUCUGAAAUGCCUCCAUCUCCGCUGGUGUGGGAAUAGCUGCUGCCGCUGCUGUGUGUCAUCACCUUUCCCAACUGACAAGCUGCUAAACUGGGAACAAGAAAGCAUCUCCACAUCUUCUAUCAUCUGCGUAGCAUUUCACUGGAGAGCAGGACUCACAGGUCUGCUGUGUGUGUGCUGAAAUAUAUAUAUAUAUAUAUAUAUAUUUUUAAAAAUGAAGAAAAAUCCACUAAUAAUUGCUUUAUGGGGGGAGUAUUAGAGGGUUUGGUAUGCAAAUGAAUGAGACAAAUGCUCUGUAGACCAAAUCUGAAUGUUUGAAACAAACGUGUCACUUCCAGGUAGACGAGGACCCCUGUGUGUAGGGACUUACUGCAUCUUAAUGAAGUCAGUUUGUUUUAAUAUAUACAGUAUUACUUAUUUCUAUUUUAAAAAGUUCUUUAAACAUGAUUUUAAUUUGCCUACAGCUUGACUGUUUAGCAUUAGGACGCCCACUGUCGCACAGGGCUGGGCAACAAAACCAAACAUUAGAAUGAGAAACAUUUUCAUAUCAGAGUGUUGAUAAGAGAUCAAUAAUUGAUCAAUGUCAAAUCUUGGCUUUACAAUCAAAGCUUUGUGAGAGUUUUUUUUUUUUCUUAUGGUCAGAAUGUUCCUGAAAUCUUGUAAAAAUGAUCAAAUAUUCAUUCACUGUCAAAGUAGAACAUUUCUUUAUAUGGAAAUUAGGGACAAAUUGAACCCAAAACACAAAAAAACUAGGAAUUUUUUUAUUAUAAUCAGACACUGAUCUCAGGAAAAUUCUCUAUUUAAAAAUGAUGUGAUCUAUCAUGAUGAUCGUUGUUUUAUUGCCCAGCCCUACUUUCACAUCUGCACUGGUAAAUUUGCCAAAUGAGCAUUGAAGUUGCUUCACUUUCAGACAAUCGAUUGUAAUUGCGUUGCUAGUUUUAAUGUCAUUGCAACAGAAAACUGCCCUGAAUUCUA